ACGGGACCCCAUGUCCCCAAAUUCCUGGAUCCGCCUCUGUUUACAAAAAAACAUUUUCUAUGUUAAUGCCAACAUGACCAUUGACCAAUGGGUCGUAUGUCCUUGACUUGGACAGGACCGUCUAUAACAUAUCCGCCAAGAGCAACAAACCUAACAAUUUGAACCAAACAUACCUAUGGCAUUGUAGGUUAGGCCAUAUAAAUGAGAAACACAUAUCCAAGCUACAUCGGUCAGGAAUGCUGGAGUCAUUUGACCUUGAUUCACAUGACACAUAUGGAUCUUGUUUAUUGGGUAAGAUGACCAAAGCACUUUUCACCGGAUGCUGAGAGAGAGAGCCGGUGACCUUCUCGCACUCAUUAAUAGGGAUGUGUGCAGGCCUCUCAAUAUUACCGUUGGAGGCAGCUAUUCAUACAUCAUCACAUUUACUAAUGAGCUCAGUAGAUAUGACUAUGUGUAUCUCAUGUUCAAGUAAUUCAAAAAUGAAGUUUAGAAACAAUUUGGCAAAAGUAUUGAGACACUCUGAUCUGAUCGAGGUGGAGAAUACUUGAGUAAUGAGUUCCGUGACUAUCUGAUAGAUUAUGGCAUAUUAUCCCAGCUCAUGCCUUGUGCGACUCCACAAUGGAAUGGCAUCUCUGAAAAGAGGAAUCAGAUCUUGUUAGACAUGCCUUUAUGACAAAGUGAAUCCAUGGGGCUAUAACUUCUUAAAAGAAGAACUUAGAAUUAACACAUGACUUGAGCUUUAUGUGAAGUGCAAACAAGCACAAUGAGAAGGCAAUAACUUUUGGAGAAUCCAACAAAACCAUAAACAUAUUACUCCCCAAUUAAUAUGCCGCAAGAUGUUAAAUGUUACUGUGUGCACUCCUUGUUUGAAAAAGAAUCUUUCUUUCAUUUUUUUUCUCUUUUCACUUUUUAUUUUUUUAAAAACUAUUUUUAAUUUAAUUUAUUUGUAUGAAGUUAACAAAUAAAAUAAAUCAAGUGCAUACCAAAACAGAUUGGGAAAACAAAAUCCAAGAAAAAGCUCUCCACUUUGGAUGCUCAAUAGGAGGGUUUGGGUUCUCGGAAUUUUUAACUAUUUUAGAGUAGAAAGUGAGAUGACUCCAUAACCAUAUCUUUUUUCGUGGAGGAAUCAUACUUUCCUUGAAGAAAGUAGAAGCGUUCACUUUGGGUCGGAAAUUAGGGUUUAAAAUUCACAAAAAAAUUCGGUAAAAACUCCAAAAUCAUGUUAGAGUUUACCUUGAUUUGAACAAAUUAUUGAUAAACAAAGAGAAAAAGAAGUUAAAUAAUAGAGAAUACCUUACCUUGAAGAUGGAGUGAAGGAUUGAGGGAGAUGAAGCUGUAGAAGAUGAAGAACAGGAAGAACCAGAGUUCCUGCCCGGAAGAAGAGAAUAGGAGUCGGGGGAUUUAUACGGAAUAUCCAUCUAAAUCCACAUUUUUAAAAUCAUUGAAAAUCUAUAUUUUUUAAAGUUUGAAUUGAAUACACUCAGAUUUUAAAUGACACUUUUUAUAAAAUGAUUUAAAUGACUUUUUAAAUUCUAGAUUUUUGAAAUAGUUCUUUAAUUUUUCUUUUAACUAAUCUUGAUUUUUGUGCAUCACCGUCUCGUCUCGCGUGUAAGUUUCCAUCUUCAUCUUCUCGUAUAUCAAAUCUCACGUCCCUGGCUCUCAGUCUCCGCUCUCCAUCGUCGUUCUCAAGGGCUUUCCUGGAAACCGGCCCUCAAUCUUCAACCGCGCUUUCAGUUUCCACUCUCUUUUCAGGUUCAGGUUGAGAAAGCUGUGGUUGAAGUAAUACUCAGAGUUUAAGAGAUGAAGAGCAUGGGGUAUAGAGACGAGGACGGAGAGCCGUUAGUGGAUUUUGAUGACGAUGUCCAGUCUGAUCAGGAGACCCAGGAAAACAACCUUUCUGACAAUCUUGAGGAUGAUGGAUGGGACCAGAGGGAGAGUGAACAAUCACAAACUCUGGUUUAUGACAAUGAUUACAAAUCAAAGUCCCGAAAGCGGUUGAUUAAAAAGUCUGAUGGGAAAGAGAUUGUUCCAGAUCAUGGGCUUGCGGAUGAAGACGUUUAUGGCGGUGCUUAUGAUGAUAGCAACCCAGAGAUGGUAAGGGAUGAUUCUGAUGGACCCGAAUCAUCCUACUCUGGCAUGGGGAAGAGGAAGCACAUUGAUGAUAAUGGUGGGGGGAAAAGGAAAGAAAAGAAUCUGGUGGAGAAAAGGGAAAAAGGUGGUAAAAAGUUUAAAUCAAAGAGUGGAGGGAUCCCAAGUGCACACAAGAGGGGAAAAGAGGGUGAUCAAGAGCUCAAGGAGCUGUGGGACACUGUUGCUGGUGGUGAUUCUGAGGAUGACCGAGAUGGUGCCAAGACAAUGGAUGAUGACAACUUCAUAGAUGAUAGUGGUGUGGAUCCUGCUGAUAGGUAUGGAAGUGAUCAUGAACCCCAAUCUCCUGGAAGUUAUCCACAGGCAGAAGAAGGUGAAGAGGAUGAUGAAAUAAAGCAACUAUUCAAGAUGGGAAAGAAAAAGAAGAAAAAUGAAAAGAGUGCUCAUGAAAUUUCAUUAUUAGUUGAAAAUGUAAUGGCUGAACUAGAAGUUGUUGCAGAAGAAGAUGCUGAGUUGAACAGACAUUCUAAACCUGCUAUCAUUAAACUUAAAAAGCUGCCUCUUCUUACUGAUGCCCUGUCAAAGAAACAACUUCAACAAGAAUUUUUAGACCAUGGAGUGUUGACGCUCUUAAGGACUUGGCUUGAGCCCCUUCCAGAUGGAAGCCUGCCCAACAUAAAUAUUCGUGCAGCAAUCUUAAAAAUCUUAACCGAUUAUCCAAUUGAUUUAGAACAGUAUGAUAGAAGGGAGCAGCUGAAACAGAGUGGUCUUGGAAAGGUAAUCAUGUUUCUUUCGAAGUCGGAUGAAGAGACCACGGCUAAUCGGAAACUUGCAAAGGACUUGGUUGAUAAAUGGAGUCGACCCAUUUUCAACAAGAGUACGAGGUUUGAGGACAUGAAGAACUUUCAAGAAGAGAGGGCAGCUUAUAGGAGGCCACCUGUGAAAAAGCCAAUUAACAAAGCUUCUGGAAUGCAAUCUAGGGAUGAUGACCUUGACUUGGCUGAGUUCUCACAGGGGGUGAAGUCUGGUCAGUCAUCCAAAUCCAGGCAACUUACUUCACGGCCUGAAGCUAUGCUGAUGGAUUUUGUUGUUCGGCCUCAAUCAAAGGUUGAUCCAGAGGAAGUUAGGGCCAGGGCAAAACAAAUAGUGCAUGACCAGCGUCGCCUCAAGAUGAAUAAAAAAUUACAACAACUAAAAGCACCUAAAAAGAAGUCUCUCCAAGCUUCAAAAGUCAGCGUGGAGGGCCGCGGAAUGGUCAAGUAUUUGUAAUGUUUCACACACGGGCGAGAAAAAUGUUUAGCCAACAAACAACAAAUGCAAACUCGAUGAUCUUUUAAUUUUUUUUCAGGUACAGUGUGCUAUCAUCUCUCCAUGUGAUGAUGUAUUAUACUGCUAUUAUAGGGUUAAGUUUUAAAUAUUCCCGCAUGUGUAUUUAACUGAUAUGAUGGGUGGAAUAAUGUUUUUUAUACUCC